AUGCUGGCCAGACCAUGGAUGCAGUCCCUGACUUACCAGCUGCCAUUCAGUCUGCGUGUGCGCAAGGGCAAGGUCGGACGGGAGUUCCUGUACCAUUGCCACCUGAUCAAUCGCAUAAUCUUCUCGCACGUGCAAAAUGGCCUCGUUUGUCGUUAUUGUGUAUUGUUCUCUGACGAAGUUACCAACGAUGAUUUCUUCGAAAUUUUAUACACUUCUGUCAGUGUUCCUUCCCCUUUGGUGCCCCUAUUAACGGUGGCUUAA